CUGAAAUGUGGCGGUGACCGGCGAGUUUGACGGACUCUGGACUCCGCUGAUCCGCGGUCAAGCUAAGGCAAUGCAAGUGUGUGGAUGUAAUUAAUGGGCUAAUGGUGCUGUAAAACUGUUUUUAAAGCCCUGGGGCCUCAGCCAGUUGAGCAUCCAACUCAAAGUUCACAGUUCCGACACCAGUACAACACCACCAACCGGCAAAACCAAGGAGAUUAAAGGGGCUGCUGUGUUCUGCGCUCCGGCAGAGCAGAGGUGACAAGUGCCUUAUGUGUUUCUCUAAGCACCUGGCAAAAUUCGCCAAUGCUUAUUCAACUGGCAUUGCUGCUCCUGUGCUAUGGAGUUGGAAACGUCCAUUGCGUUCACGGGAACAGCAAAGAACUGCAGUCACUUCUCGAUUUCAAGCAGGGCGUCACCACCGAUCCUAACAGAGCCUUGAGUUCUUGGAACACCAGUGUACAUUACUGUAGAUGGAGCGGAGUCAUAUGCACGCCUACGCAGCCAUGGCAGGUAUCGGGGCUUAACCUCACUGGCAAAAGCUUGGUAGGAGAGAUAACCUCCUCUCUCGUCAAUCUGACGCUCCUUAGCCAGCUUGACUUGUCUUCUAAUAGCUUCUCUGGCCAGUUACCUCCUCUUGGUGGUCUCCAACUGCUGCACACAAUUUAUUUGAACGACAAUUCACUAGACGGGACUAUUCCUGAUGCACUCACAAACUGCUCCAACCUAGUCAAUCUAGACCUCCACAAUAACAAGUUAUCCGGUGUUAUUCCGCCUAAAAUAGGACUCCUUUCCAAUUUGGAUUACUUGGACCUCUCCAGGAAUAAUCUCACUGGGGUCAUCCCUCCAACCUUUCCAAACCUCACCCAUGUGUCCUUCUGCAAACUUAAAUCAAAUCAACUGGAAGGAAGCAUUCCAGAUGGGCUUUGGCAAAUGUCAAAUAUGGGGCAGUUGAGCCUUGGUAAUAAUACCCUUUCAGGUGAGAUUCCACAGACCAUUAAUAUGUCUCGGCUCCAAAUUCUAGGUUUAGAGUUGAAUAGGCUCGGCAAGACUCUACCAUCCAAUUUUGGGAAUGCUGUUCCUAGUCUUAUAAGGCUAAUAUUGGAUGGUAACAUGUUCGAAGGUCAUAUCCCAGUUUCCCUAGGCAAUGCUUCGUCGUUAGAGCUGAUUGACCUAUCAGGAAACCAUUUCACGGGUCAAAUUCCUGCUUCUUAGGGAUCUACUCAGGCUUUCGCUCUAUGAUAAUAGGCUGCAGGGAGUCAUCCAUUGGUAAUCUAUCAGUCAAUCUUAUUACCCUUCAAAAGUAAAAACCUGCUAUCCCUUUGUUUUAUAUUGCUCAGUGGAGACAUAUUCUAUCUCUUUUGGCCAGUGCUUGUGUACAUGUGGUUAUUUGAGGAUUCUGAAAAAUUAUUGCACUUCAAAACCUGCUACCCUUUGUUUGAUAUGCUUAUGAACUUAUUCUUCAGACUUGAGCUUCUAACUCAUGUGACCUCGUGGCUUAUCUCUGUCUAACUUAUGCUCAAGUGUUGUUUAGCGGAACGACCACAAAGGUUCCAUUACAGUUAUCCAAUCAUGUUAUAUAGUUUGGUAGGAUUGUAACUGACUGUCUGCACUAUUGCGAGGGAGCAGAGUUUUUUUUUUCAUUUCCUGUUUAGCUUGGUCUGAUCCUUGUUGUGAUUAGUACUGACAUC